UCAGUCGAUACCGCGCGCGGGAGGGGACGCGCGUUCGCGGCAAAAUAACUCUUCGCACAAAUAUCGGUUAAACACUCAAUAUGCCCAACAUUAUCAACGAGGUUAAAUUAGAUUUUAAGGAUGUACUCCUCAGACCUAAGCGAAGCACCCUCAGAAGCAGAAACGAUGUGGAUCUCCACCGUGAGAUCACGUUCCGGAACUCCGGACAGACGUACCGGGGAGUCCCGGUCAUGGCCAGCAACAUGGACACCGUCGGGACUUUUGAAAUGGCGAGGGAACUGUCAAAGCACGGCCUCUUCACAUGUAUACACAAAUAUUACUCGAUAGAUGACUGGAAGAAAUUCUCAGAGGAACACACAGAAUGCUUGGAACACAUGGCCGCCAGCUCGGGCACUGCCGAGGCGGACUACAUCCGUCUCACCGAAAUCCUGGACACAAUCAAAGACCUCAAAUUCAUCUGUCUGGACGUCGCCAACGGAUAUUCGCAACAUUUCGUCGAGUAUGUGAGGAAAGUGCGAGCGGCGUACCCGAAACACACCAUUAUUGCCGGCAACGUAGUAACUGGAGAGAUGGUAGAAGAAUUAAUUUUAUCUGGAGCAGAUAUCAUUAAGGUCGGCAUCGGCCCCGGCUCAGUGUGCACCACCCGAAUCAAAACCGGCGUGGGCUACCCGCAACUCUCCGCCGUCAUAGAAUGUGCUGACGCUGCGCAUGGUCUCAAAGGACACAUCAUUUCCGACGGUGGCUGCACCUGCCCCGGCGACGUGGCCAAGGCCUUCGGCGCGGGCGCCGACUUCGUGAUGGCGGGCGGAAUGUUCGCAGGCCACGACCAGUGUGGGGGGGACGUAGUUACCAAGCCUGAUGGGAAGAAGGUGAAGCUGUUCUACGGCAUGGCUUCUGCUACAGCUAUGGAAAAACAUUCGGGGGGCGUCGCAGAUUAUAGGUCCUCUGAAGGUAAAACCGUAGAAGUAUCAUACCGGGGCGACGUCGGCGUCACCGUGAAGGACAUCCUCGGCGGGCUGCGCUCGGCUUGCACGUACGUCGGCGCCGCCAAACUGCGCGAGCUCUCGCGCCGCGCCACCUUCAUACGAUGCAGCCGGCAGGUCAACGACACCUUUUCGUAACUCAGAAGCCCUGGUACUCG